AUGAACAUUGAACAGCUUCAGAAUCCGGAUGGCAAGAAACUUGCAAAAUCCUUCCCAAGCAGUCAAUUUCUUGUACAUAAACUCUCUUCCACUAGCAAUGGCAGUAAACUAUGCGAAGCAGACAAGAGUGGGCAGGCCCUAACUAUAAAACUUCAAGUUGCUUCCCACCCCGAGCCUAACAGCCAAAGAGUUCAAGACCAGCAGAGUUUGUAUAAUGAGGGAACAAGAUCAGAAAGGCCCAAUAAUAUAAAACUCUAA